AAAUUAAAAAGUUUUAAAGAGCGAGAGAGAGAUAAGAGAGAGGAUGUUCUAACUAUCUAUACCGUGAGCUCGCGCUCUUAGUAACGAUCCUCGUUCCUUCUCUGCUUCAUCUUCGUCUUCCUUUGCCGCCUCUACUUCUUUGUCGCAGAGCCGCAGAGGAAUUGGUUCUUGAAUUCGCUGUAGAAGUCGCGCUGGGGUGCUAUUCAGUUUCAGUUUGAGCAUUUGAGGUCUCGUCUGGUGUGAGACAGUCUUCUGAGCUUGAAUAUUUUUUUAGGAGCUUGGAGGGGGAUCAUGAAGGGGUUGAGUUCACUUUUGGUGUUGCCGUCAGGGUUGGUGGAGAUGGUUGAGGGUGUUCUGUUGAUGUGAGGGAGGAAAUGGGGUGUGUGAACUCGAGGUGUUGCACGCUGCAGGAGACUUCCACGCCUAGGGUUUCGCCGAAGCUUGGGGGGACUGUUGAACCCAAAGGGGAUGUACCGCAGAGUUCAUCGUCGGAUGAAGAGACGGAGCGUGUUGAUCAGUUGAGUCAUUUUUCGAGGAAUCGUGACUCCGAGUUGGGAAUCGCCAGAUUGUCCAGGGUCUCGUCGCAGUUCCUGCCUCCGGAUGGUUCUCGGUCAGUUCGUGUGGCCCCUGGGGGUUUCGAAUUGAGGUACUCGUACCUCUCGCAGCGGGGGUACUAUCCAGAGGCACUGGAUAAGGCGAAUCAGGAUAGCUUCUGCAUCCACACGGCCUUUGGGACGGACGAGGGGGACCAUUUCUUCGGCGUAUUCGAUGGGCACGGGGAGUUCGGGGCGCAAUGCUCGCAGUUUGUCAAGAGGAAGUUGUGUGAGAAUUUGCUGAGAGAGAGCCGGUUCAGGACGGAUGCUGCUGCGGCUUUCCAGUCAGCGUUCUUGCUCACGAAUUCUCAGUUGCACGCUGAUGUUUUGGAUGAUAGCAUGAGCGGAACUACAGCAAUAACCGUGCUGGUUAGAGGGGCGACUCUCUACGUUGCGAAUUGUGGUGAUUCUAGGGCAGUGAUUGCUGAGAGGAGGGGAAAGGAUAUCGUAGCUGUUGAUCUGUCAAUUGAUCAAACACCAUUUCGAGUAGAUGAACUUGCUAGGGUGAAGAGUUGUGGAGCUAGAGUUCUCACGCUGGAUCAGAUUGAAGGACUGAAGAAUCCUGAUGUGCAGUGUUGGGGCAACGAGGAAGAUGACGAUGGUGAUCCGCCCAGGCUCUGGGUGCCGAAUGGCAUGUUUCCAGGUACUGCAUUCACGAGGAGUAUUGGAGAUUCAAUUGCAGAGAGUAUUGGAGUUGUUGCUACUCCAGAGGUCGCUGUAAUGGAGUUGACAGCAAAUCAUCCAUUCUUUGUGAUUGCAAGUGAUGGAGUGUUUGAAUUUAUUUCUAGUCAAAUGGUGGUCGACAUGGUUGCAAAGUACAAGGAUCCACGUGAUGCGUGUGCUGCGAUUGUUGCUGAAUCUUACCGAUUAUGGUUGCAAUAUGAAACUCGCACUGAUGACAUAACAAUCAUCGUUGUGCAUGUCAAUGGUUUGAAUAGUAUAGAUAUGGGUCAAAAGGCUUCUGAUGUUGGUGUGAAAUCUCUACAGCAAGUUGGAGAAUUUACAGGGUCUGAAUCACCGACACCUAUGGGUUGGAAUUCAAGAAACCAUCGUGGUAGGCAUGAUUUAUCAAGGGCUCGUCUCAGAGCCAUUGAGUGCUCUUUGGAGAAUGGACACGUUUGGAUCCCUCCAUCCAUUCCUCACAGGAAAACCUGGGAAGAAGAAGCACACAUUGAACGAGCAUUAAAUGAUCAUUUCUUGUUCAGAAAACUGACUGAUUCUCAACGCCAUGUUCUGAUUGAAUCCAUGCAAAAGGUUGAGGUUGAAACUGGAGAUAUUGUUGUGCAGCAGGGUGGGGAAGGAGAUUGCUUUUAUGUUGUUGGCAGUGGAGAAUUUGAAGUUUUUGCUUCUCAGGAAGGAAAGACCGAGGAAAAGGAGGCGGGUAGGGUUUUGCAUCGGUAUACAGCUGAAAAGUUGUCAUGUUUUGGGGAAUUAGCAUUAAUGUACAAUAAGCCCCUUCAGGCAUCUGUGCGGGCAGUGACAAAAGGAGCACUCUGGGCAUUGAAAAGAGAAGAUUUUCGAGCAAUACUUAUGUCAGAAUUUUCCAACUUAUCAGCCUUAAAGUUGCUUCGAUCUGUAGAUUGUCUUUCAAAAUUGACAAUCAUGCAGUUAAGUGAUAUCGCAGAUUCUCUUGUGGAGAUCUCCUUCUCAGAUGGAGAGACAAUAAUCAAUAAGAAUGAACACCUCUCCGGGUUGUAUAUUAUACAGAAAGGACAGGUAAAGCUGUCGUAUGAUACAGAUCUGAUAAAAACUCCAAGUGAAAAUAGUCUUCAGCCAGAGACACUUGAUCGGUCAGAUAAGUAUCAGAGAAGCAGUAGACAUUUGAUUAAGAAGGAGGGAGGCUAUUUUGGGGAAUGGACACUUCUUGGUGAAAACAUUGAAUCUUUAUCUGCAACAGCAAUUGGUGAUGUCAUCUGUGAAGUCAUCACAAAGGAAAAGUUUGAUUCUGCAGUUGGACCUUUAGUUAAACUCCCCCAAGAUGAUAACAAGUCCAGAGACCACUUUUUAGGUUCUCCUACGAAACCAACUGCAAACAUAGAUACAGAAGACUUUCCGAAGGUUCAGUUUGCUGAGCUGGAAUGGCAAACUGGUGUUCAUUCAACAGAUUGCAGUGAGAUUGGACUUGUCUCUUUGAGAGUCUCAGAAAACAUUCUGAGCUUGAAGAGGUUCUCAAAGGCUAGGAUAAAGCACCUUGGAAGGGAAUCACAAGUCUUGAAGGAGAGAAAUCUUAUGAAGAGCUCGAGUCAUGUUACGUGUGUGCCAAGAAUUCUGUCUACUUGUGCAGAUGAACAUUAUGUUGGAUUGUUGCUGAAAACAUGUCUGACUUGUACAUUAUCCUCAAUAGUACAUGUACCAUUAGAUGAACCUUCGGUUCGUUUUUGCGCUGCUUCUGUUGUUGUUGCCUUAGAGCAAUUGCACAAGAAUGGUAUUCUUUACAGGGGAGUGUCACCUGAUGUUUUAAUGUUUGAUCGAACUGGUCAUCUCCAGCUAGUUGACUUCAGAUUCGGGAAAAGGUUGUCCAAUGAAAGAACCUUCACCAUUUGCGGAAUGGCAGAUUCUUUGGCACCAGAAAUAGUUCAGGGCAAGGGUCACACUUUCACCGCUGACUGGUGGGCAUUGGGUACAUUGAUAUAUUUUAUGUUUCAAGCGGAAAUGCCAUUUGGUUCAUGGCGAGAGAGUGAACUUGACACAUUUGCUAAGAUUGCAAGAGGUCACCUUACACUUCCUCAUACAUUUAGUAUGGAGCUAGUUGACCUGAUCACCAAGCUACUCGAAGUUGAUCCAAGUUCAAGGCUUGGCAGCCGGGGUGCAGAUUCGGUAAAAAGCCACCAGUGGUUCACAGGUGUUGAAUGGGAUGAAAUUACGAAGGGCCAUUCUCCUGUUCCUCCUGAAAUCGUAUCUCGGAUAAAUUACUACGUGGAAAAUCAUGCAGAGGACUGCUCAUUGCCGUUCGUGCCUCCAGCUACAGAUUCAGGUGACCUAGGGACUCCUGAAUGGCUGGAUGACUGGUAGAUUUCCAGCUGGGUUCAUUUCUUGUAAAUAUGUCCUUCCUCGUCAUUUGACUGCAAUAGCUGGUGGAUGAGUGUUUAAAGAGAUCCACAGUGUUGUACAUGAACUCGAUUGACUGGCAUACAUGGCACCACCGACCUGGUUGUCAAGGCAAAAGUUGGAGGCAACUGUUCUCCUUGGAUGAUGUACAAGGGGUUCUGCAUGGUCAGACACAGUAUCAGAGAAAAUUAUUCUGUUGAUACAAAAGGUUAGCCAAACCAGCCGGUGCUUCACGUUGUUCUGAGUCGCUAGAGGCUUGCUCAAUUGCCAGACACGGGUCUUUAGACUCUUAUAAGUUGUAUAAAUUCUUUUCUCCCCAUUUCCCUUUGCUCCGAGUGGUUAAUAAGUGAUUGUCAUCGGGCUGCUUGCAUUAGUUGAUUGAGUGUCAUCCUAAAGAGGAGAGGAAAGAAAUUUUUCGAGGAUGUAAACUGCCAUAGCGCAAACAUACAUGUUAGUUUUUUCUUCACUGGAAUUGUCAAUGGAAUUUUUUGCAUCGGCA